CCAGGGUAUAUAGGUCCACAAAUUUCUUGAAACCUCCCAAAUCCCAACUGAUGGCUCAUCUGGUUGACUAAUAAAAUGGGCCAAGUCAAUCUCAACCCCAAACCCACAGACCCGACCAUAUAGUGAUAUAGCCCAUGUCCAACUUUGACUCGUUGAAUCAGACCCUUUAUCCAAUAAGACUCUAAUUGACUAAAUUAGAAAGUUCAAAAAUUAACGCUCCAAAACCAGAAAAAUCAUGGCGAAGAAGAUGCGAACAGAAGGCGGCCGGAGUAACGCUGCAGUUUGGUCGGAACUUCCACCGAAAACUUUAGCAUUAAUCGGAAAACGCCUUGAAAGUCGAAUUGACAUCUGCAAGUUCCGGUCCGUAUGCAAAAAUUGGCGCGCUUCUUUACCUUUGUCGAAAAACCCUAACUUUUUAAAUCCUUUCUUUCCUCGUCAAAUCCCUAAUCCUGUUUCUCUCCCCUUCAAUAAUCAAGGUUACGAUAAUAUUGAUCUUGUUCCAAUUACUGUUUUUUUAGUUAAACCCCUUGAUUCUCAGCUUCAUUUUGAUGCCAAAGGUUGGAUUUUAACGGUUGAAGAAAGACAACCUGGUAAACUUCGUCUUCUCUAUCCUAUUUCGAGGGAUCCCAUCUCAAUUUUGCAGAAAAGUAUACCGAAAACCCUAAAUCUUUCCAAUUUCCGGGUUUCGGAGAUUGGUAAAGGAUAUUGUUUUAGGUCUUUUAGUGGAUCAAUUUCUGAUUGCAAAGUUGUUUACUCAAAUUCUGCUAAUCAAUUUUCCCAUAUUGCCUAUGAUUUCACUGCAACAGUGUUAUACUCUUUGGGGAAUUUGUUUGGUUUGAAAUCACAUGAAGGGAAAUGGGAAUUCGAACGCAUAAACUCGUUUUUGUGGUUUAAGGACAUAAUAUGCUAUAAGGGAACUAUUUAUGCAGUUGCUGGGGGAGGGAAUUUGUAUGUCAUCGAUCAUUUGACAUUCAAGGUGACUGAUACUGUUGUGGAUUGUUUCGUUUGUGCUCCUGAUAACGCGAUUCAACUGGUUGAAUCGUGUCAAGAACUCCUCUUAGUUGUUAAAGAUGUUAUCAAGGUUUACAGGUUGAAUGAAGUGCAAAAGAAAUGGGAGGCAGUGCAAACUCUAGGAGAUAGGAUCAUGUUUUUGAGUAUUGAUUGUUGCUUUUUCCUCUCCACUGAGAAUCUUUUAUGGGAUAAAGGGAAUUUUAUUGUUACCAGUUCAUGUAUGAACCCGUUACGGUCUAAAUGCAUAGAAGUGGCUGAAAAUUUUGGGAUUUACAUUUCUUGUUUAGAAGAUGUAGUUAAAAAGAUACAUAAGUCAAACUUCGAGGCCAUUUCUUGUAUGCUGUGGCCACCUUCAACAUGGUGUCCCUUAGGGCUGAGCAAAAUUAUCUGA